CACUCGGCCCCGCUCGGUUCGGGCUCGGCCUCUCUCGGCUCCGCCCGCUGGCAGGCGCUACGCGGGAGCGCCGAGCCAUUCCACCAGCCGCCCUGCGGACGCGGCGCCCCGCCGCGCCGGCCGAGCGAUGCGCUCCGCUGCUCUGCUGAGCGGGCCUGUGCCGGCUCCGCGGGCCGCCGAGCGAGGGAUUUGCCCAGCAUGUCUUCACUGACAGAGAAGGACAGACCAAUUGUUCAGUUCUUACUCAACACUGGCACUUGCCCACGAUGUGUUUUGAGGUUCUGCUGCGUGGGAUCACAGAUGCUCUACAGACAUCCACACCAGGAUCUGCUGAAGGAUUUGCAGGAAUUUCUGAAGAACAGUCAGGAAAAUGAAGGCACAGUCUGUUUGGAUGUGGCUGACCCACCUUGUAAGAGAAUCAGACUUGAACACAGGGAAGAAGGUGCUGAUGAUGUGAACCACAACGGAGCCAUCCCGCAGCUGCCCUCGGCUGACAGUGGGAAUGCUACCAUGGAGAGCUCGGCUGGGAAGGUUUGCAACGUGUGUUUGGGAAUUCUCCAGCAGUUCUGUGAGGCUGACUUUGUAAAAAAGGUGUGCCAAAAAGUUAAUUCUGCUGACUACCAGUUCACCAGUUUUGUAUUUUCUGUGUCACUACCCCCACAGCUGUCUGUCAGGGAGCGUGCUGCUUGGCUGGGGGUGAAGCAGCAGAUGAGAAAUCUGGGCCUUCCCUUGGCAAAGGAUGACAUCGUUCAGCUGAAAGAAGCUUAUAAGUGGAUAAUUCAUCCCCAGUUGUCAGAAGAGUUGGGUGUUCCUGCUGAUGGAAAGAGUCUGUUUGAAGUUAGCGUGGUCUUUGCUCACCCAGAAACAGAGGAGGAGUGCCAUUUCCUAGCCACAGCCUGCCCAGACUGUUUCAAACCAGCGAAGAACAAACAGUCUGUUUUCACCAGAAUGGCAGUUAUAAAAGCCCUGGAGAAGAUAAAAGAAGAGGAUUUUCUCAAGCAUUUUCCGUGUCCCCCAAGUUCACCAAAGAACCUCUGUGAUGCUCUGGAAAUUCAGUGCAAUAAUGGUGCAGUUUUUGUGGCUGGAAGAUACAACAAAUAUUCCAGGAAUUUACCUCAGACUCCCUGGAUUAUUGAUGGGGAGAGGAAGCUGGAAUCUUCAGUGGAAGAAUUAAUUUCAGAGCAUCUAAUGGCAGAAUUCAAGGCAGACAGCUUUAAUUUCAGUUCCUCUGGAAGAGAAGAUGUGGAUGUAAGGACACUAGGCAAUGGAAGGCCCUUUGCGAUCGAGCUGGUGAAUCCUCGCAGGAUUCAUUUCACCGCCGAGGAGAUGAAGAGGCUGCAGCAGGCAAUUAAUGACUCUUCAGACAAAAUACGGGUUCGAGAUUUACAGCUUGUCACCAGAGAGGCAAUUGGUCGCAUGAAGGAAGGUGAGGAGGAGAAGACAAAGACCUACAGUGCCUUGAUCUGGACAGACAAAGCAAUACAGAGAGAAGACAUCGCGUUUCUAGAUGAUAUCAAGGAGUUAAAGCUGGACCAGAAAACCCCUCUGCGGGUGCUGCACCGGCGGCCGCUGGCCGUGCGCUGCCGGCUCAUCCACACCAUGAAAUCCGAGUACAUUGACGAGCACCACUUCCGCCUGCACCUCAAGACUCAGGCAGGAACCUACAUUAAAGAGUUCGUGCAUGGAGACUUUGGGAGAACAAAGCCCAACAUUGGGGCCCUUCUGAACAGAACUGCUGACAUUCUGGAGCUGGAUGUAGAAUCUGUUGAUGUUGACUGGCCUCCAACCCUGGCUGAUUAACUCCUGGAGCUGGGAUGAGGAAGCAGCAGCUCCUUGGCAGCAGCUGGUGACCAGACACUGUGCAGUGUAACAGCCUGGGUGCCAAGGGUGUCCCUGGAAC